CAGAAGCUCCGGGUGGCCCGCCAUUCCAGUCACAUGAUUGGCUCACCAGCCCCCUUCAAGCGUCGUCUGCCAGCCUGGACCCACGAAAACCCGGCGGCUCUUUUCCUUUGCCCCAAUCACUUCUGCUUUCUUUCUCCUCUACAUUCCACUCUCCUUCUCUUCCUUUGCAAAGCUUUCUUCCUCCUCCCCCAACAGCUUCGCCCGGCUCGAGCUCUCUCUUGCUCAGAGACUGGCUCUCUUGUCGACGUCCCAAAUGCGCUGAAUCAGCACCGUCCGGCCUGCUUCCCGGCUACGGCUAUUCUUCCCCUCAUACAUCCUCUCCCCCUCCCUUGCUGCUCUGAGAGCUAGCUGGUGUCGAGAACCCUUGCAAAUCCUGGAAUCAUGACAUCCUCUGCGUCCACUGCAACCCCCCUCAAACAUGCCUUCGACAGGCGUGUCGAGGACGUCAAGUCGCCCAAGAGCGAUAUCAACGCCUUGAUCCUAGACUACCUGACCAUGGAGGGCUACCCCAACGCCGCCGCAAACUUCUCCAAGGAAGCGAACCUGCAACCCCAUCAGGACACAAGUUCCAUUCAGGCUAGGCAGGAGAUCCAAAACUCCAUACAUGGUGGAAAUAUCCAGCUGGCGAUUGAGACCUUAAAUGAUUUUGAUCCCGAGAUUCUGGAUGAAGACAAAGCGUUACACUUUGCCUUGUUACGACUUCAGCUGGUUGAGCUUAUUCGCACCUGCAAUGCUAGCGGUGGAGAUAUCGCCCCGGCCUUGAAGUUUGCCACGGAGCAACUAGGACCCAGGGCACCCACCAACCCAAAGUUCCUAGAAGAUCUGGAGCGAACCAUGGCCUUACUUCUGUUCCCUUCAGACUCCCUUGAGCCUCGUCUUUCUGCGCUACUACAUCCAGACUUGCGUCGGGAAGUAGCGGACAAAGUCAAUAGAGCCAUACUGAAAAGGCAAUCCCAUAGACGGGAGGCUGCCAUCCGACAACUCGUAAAGAUGCGGGUAUGGGCCGAGAACACGGUCAGGGACAAGGGCAUGAGUCUCCCUGAUCGUCUCGACAUUGGCCUCAACGGAGAGGACGCAGAUGGUCCAAGCCGACGAUCUGUCCAUGGGGAGAAUGGUCACGAACCAAUGAUCACGACUUAA